AUGUCGUACAAUGUUUCAAUUUUAUCUGAAUGUGUGGAACCAUUUUUGGGGCCUAGUUUGGCUCAAAUAUGUCCUGGGUCACAGUUUCUUCUAUUCAUGACUCUCUUGGAUACAUUUAUUCGUACCAACCCCGAAGUAUCUCAGUUGUGCAAUCGAGUGUUUCCUACUAAUCCAGCUGAUUAUUAUUAUGACUUUAUAGUGAUUGGAGGAGGAUCCGCUGGUGCGGUUGUCGCUGCGCGGCUGAGUGACGUACCGGAGUGGAAAGUUUUACUUUUGGAAGCUGGACCGGAUGAACCACCUGGUGCCGAUAUUCCGAGCAUGGUUGCUAUGUUUCUAGGAACUGAACUCGACUGGCAAUUCAAAACAACAAAUGAAGAAAAUGCUUGUCUAUCAACAAAUGGAUCUUGUGGAUGGCCACGUGGCAAAAAUCUCGGUGGUUCUUCCGUCCACAAUGGAAUGAUGUAUAUUCGUGGUCACGCUAAGGAUUAUGAUGACUGGGAAUCUAUGGGGAAUGAGGAAUGGGGUUGGCGUGAUGUGCUUCCUCACUUCGUGGCAAUGGAGGACAAUGGAGAUAUAGAUAUACUUGAUGAUAAAUAUCACGGUACAGGAGGACCCUUGAGAGUAGAAAAAUUUCCAUGGCGACCUUCUAUAUCUAAUGACAUCAUUCGUGCAGCAGAAGAACGAGGAUUUGGUUUAAGUAGUGAUCUGAAUGGUGACACGAUAACUGGAUUCACAAUAGCGCAAUCUACAAGUAAAAAUGGCGUUCGUGUAAGCAGUGCCAGUGCAUUCUUACGGCCCAUUAGAAAUCGCCGUAAUCUUCACAUCGCGUUGAAUGCUACAGUCACUAAAAUACUUAUUGAAAGCCGUAAAGCUGUUGGCGUUCAAUACAUUCAAAACAAUGAAUUACGCACGGCAAGGUCAAUUCGGGAAAUUAUCGUUUCGGCCGGAGCUAUUGGAUCACCGCAUUUAUUGCUGUUGUCUGGAAUAGGCCCCAAAAAGCAUCUGAAAGAAAUGGGAGUACCCGUGGUUCAAGAUUUGCCUGGUGUUGGUGAAAACUUGCAGAAUCAUGUGUCUUAUACACUUACGUACACAAUCAAUCAACCUAAUGAGUAUGAUUUGAAUUGGGCCGCGGCUUUAGAAUACGUAAGUCGUCAGAGAGGACCUAUGUCAUCAACUGGUAUGUCCCAGAUCACAGGUAUUAUGUCCUCGAGUUAUAGUACACCAGAUCAUCCGGAUUUACAAUUUUACUUUGGAGGGUUUCAAGCAACCUGUGCAACUACCGGCCAAAUUGGAAUGCUUAUAGAUAAUACCCAACGUAGUAUUAGUAUAUCGCCAACUAAUCUUCAUCCACGAAGCAGAGGAUUCAUUCAUUUGGCAGACAAUAAUCCACUAAGUAAACCUAUCAUUCAAGCAAACUAUUUUCAAGAUCCUGAAGACGUUGCGGUUUUAAUAGAAGGCAUUCAGUUGGCUAUAUCCCUUAUGAAUUCAAGUGAACUUUCAAAACUUAACCUCACCUUAAUGAAUCCUUCUGUUCAAGUAUGCUCACAGUUUAUGUAUUUAAGCAACGAGUACUGGAGUUGUGUUGUUAAACAAGAUACUGGACCAGAAAAUCAUCAAGCCGGUUCCUGUAAAAUGGGACCAGUAAGUGAUUCGAUGUCUGUCGUUAGUUCUAAACUAAAAGUUCAUGGAAUCGCUGGCCUUCGAGUUGCUGAUACUUCUAUUAUGCCCAAAGUAACGUCUGGAAAUACGGGUGCUCCAGCAAUGAUGAUAGGGGAAAGAGCGGCAACAUUUAUCAAACAAGAGUGGUUGAGAUUAAGAGGACCCUGGGGUCCGAUCAUUUUCAACUCUUCAACAAUUUGUCAAAAUCAGUUUUUGGGUGGCCCUUCUCUCACAGAAGUAUGUCCAUCAACUACCGCGACAUACGUAUUUUUUUUAUAUAUUGUAAACAAUAUAAUUGACACAAUCCCGACGAUUGGUGAUUCCUGUGGUCGUGUUACCGCUGACAAAAAGCCACGGGACGUUUAUGAUUUUAUUGUAAUUGGAGGAGGAGCAGCUGGUAGUGUUGUUGCAGCUAGACUGAGUGAAAUCCCCAGUUGGCGAGUACUAUUAAUUGAAGCCGGUCCUGAUGAACCAGCAGGUGCCGAAAUUCCAUCUAAUUUUGGAGUUUAUCUUGGAAGUAGUCUCGAUUGGAAGUAUAGGACUACCAAUGAAUCUUAUGCUUGUCUGGCGCAAAACGGCUCCUGCUCCUGGCCUCGCGGACGCAAUCUCGGUGGUACUACAGUUCACCACGGAAUGGCUUAUCACCGUGGAAAUGCUAAAGAUUAUGAAAAUUGGGUUGCCAUGGGCAAUGAAGGAUGGUCUUGGGCAGAAGUUCUUCCAUAUUUUAUAAAAUCAGAAGAUAAUAGAGAAAUAAAUCGAGUGGGAAGGCAAUAUCACGGUACCGGAGGUCCAAUGGUUAUCGAAAGAUUUCCAUAUCAGCCAUCAUUUGCUGACGCAAUAUUAAAAGCUGCCGAAGAAACAGGUUACGGAAGAACUGAAGAUAUGGUUGGUGCAAAUAUUCGCGGUUUUACAGUUGCUCAAACAAUGAGUGUAAAUGGCGUUCGACAGAGUACCGCAUCAGCAUUUUUGCGUCCAAUUCGUAAUAGAGAAAAUCUCGAUAUAGUUCUUAAUGCUACUGCUACAAGACUAUUGAUUAAUAACCAAAAAAGGGUCACCGGAGUUGAAUAUUUACUGAAUAACAGAACUCGUAGAGCAAGGGUCACUCGGGAAGUUAUAGUCUCAGGAGGCGCUGUAAACUCUCCUCAACUUUUACUUCUAUCCGGAAUCGGUCCGAAGGAGCAACUUCGAUCUUUGGGAAUUCGUGUCGUUCUCGACCUACCCGGAGUUGGAAAAAAUCUCCACAAUCAUGUUUCUUACAGUCUUGAUUUCACACUCGCUAAUCAACAAAACGCAUUGGGAUUUAAUUUGGAUGACGUGACUCAGUACAUGAGCAAUCAAACGGGACCAUUGUCCUCAUCUGGAUUAGCACAAGUAACAGGGAUUUUGUCAUCACGUUACACCACGUCAGAUAAUCCAGAUUUGCAAAUAUUUUUUUCGGGUUUUCAAGAAUCUUGCCUUGAUACUGGAGAUGUCGAUUUGAGAAGUUAUGGCAACAAUAGAACGGUCAGAUUCACAGCAGUAAAUCUCCAUCCUAAAAGUAGAGGAGCUAUAAGUUUGGCUAGUAAAAAUCCACUAGAGCAUCCUAUUAUUUGGAGUAAUGAUCUUGCUGAUCCUGCGGACGUUGAUGUAUUAGUAGAUGGUAUGCAUGUUAUUAUUAAUAUGGCAAAUUCAACUACCAUGAAAUCACAAGGUCUGACUCUGGCAACCCAGCCGAUCGAUCGCUGCAAGGAAUAUGAAUUUCUCUCAGAUAGCUAUUUCCGAUGUGCCGUUCAUAUAGACACACGUACUGAAAAUCACCAGACUGGUUCAUGUAAAAUGGGACCUACUUCUGAUCCAUUGGCUGUAGUCGAUCCAUAUCUUAGAGUACAUGGUAUUCAAGGGCUUCGUAUCGCGGAUGCUUCCAUUAUGCCAAUGGUUGUUUCAGGAAACCCUCAAGCACCAGUUACAAUGGUAGGUGAAAGAGCGGCUGAUUUCAUCAAGAGAACAUAUACAGCCAAUGCUCAUGCUUAUAAAUAA